UCUCUAAAUUGGCCUUUUGUUCCUUAAUGGAUUUUGUAUUAAGAGUGAUGUCCUUCCUUACUCUAGCUCUCAUUUCUUUAUUAUCUGUAAUAACUACAGCAGGUGCCAGACAUGGGCAAUGGUCUAAUGAUAAAAAAUUGAGCACAUGGGGAACUGAGGAUCUUGUGACCAACUUGCCUGGCCAGCCCAAGGUAGAUUUCCGCCAUUAUUCUGGGUAUGUUACGGUGAAUGAAAAGAAUGGAAGAGCACUUUUCUACUGGUUCUACGAAGCCUCAACUCUCCCUGAUGAGAAACCUUUGGUGCUGUGGCUUAAUGGAGGUCCCGGGUGUUCUUCUGUGGGAUAUGGAGCAACACAAGAGAUUGGACCUUUUAUCAUAGACACAGAUGGACAUGCCCUUAAAGUUAAUCCUUACGCAUGGAAUAGAGAAGCCAACAUGUUAUUCCUGGAAUCUCCAGUUGGAGUUGGCUUUUCAUACUCAAAUACAACUAGUGAUUAUGAUAACCUUGGAGAUGACUUUACAGCAAAUGAUGCUUAUACUUUUCUGCACAAGUGGUUUGUCAAGUUCCCAUCAUAUAGAACACGAAUCUUCUAUAUUGCAGGGGAGAGCUAUGCAGGAAAAUAUGUUCCGGAAUUGGCUGAACUCAUCCAUGACAAGAACAAGGAUCCUUCCCUAUAUAUUGAUCUGAGGGGCAUAUUGCUGGGUAAUCCUGAAACAUGCGAUGCUGAGGACUGGAGAGGUAUGGUGGAUUAUGCUUGGAGCCAUGCUGUUGUAUCAGAUGAAACUCACAAAACUAUCAGAGAAUCAUGUGAUUUCAACCGCAAUGAUACAUGGAGUAAUGAAGAUUGUUAUCAAGCCGUGGAUGAAGUACUCCGACAGUAUAAGGAGAUUGAUAUCUAUAGCCUCUAUACCUCAGUUUGCAUCGGCAAUUCGACAGCUUCAGACGGGAAAUCACCGCAAAUGAUGUUUAGGAGCACAUCUAAGAUGAUGCCGAGGAUCAUGGGUGGUUAUGACCCAUGCCUUGAUGGCUAUGCAAAAACUUACUACAACAGGCCUGAUGUUCAGAAGGCACUCCAUGUAAGCGAUGGUCACCGCCUAAAGAACUGGAUCAUCUGCAACAUGAAUAUAUUUGAUCAUUGGUUAGAUUCAAAGGAAUCUGUUCUUCCAAUAUACAAGAAGCUUAUUGCUGCGGGGCUUAGAAUAUGGGUCUACAGUGGAGACACAGACGGAAGGGUUCCUGUUUUGUCCACAAGAUACAGCUUAACCUCUCUGGGAUUGCCCAUCACUAGGGCAUGGAGGCCCUGGUACCACCAAAAACAGGUUGGGGGUUGGCUUCAAGAGUACGAGGGGCUUACAUUUGCAACAUUUAGAGGAGCUGGCCAUGCAGUGCCCAUCUUCAAACCGAGCGAGUCACUUGCAUUUUUCACAUCCUUUCUUCUCGGGGAAUCUCCCCCUUUUGAACGAUGAAAUCAACUCUUAAUGAGUUGUUUGAGUACUUCUGCAAAAGAUUUUGCUAACGGUUACUAGGUUUGAUAUAGUUUGCUACAUGUAGCAGAAAACAGCUGAUAUAAAAAUAUAUCAGAUAUGUGAGUGGUUUCCCCACACUGUAUUUGAUAAAUAAACAUCUCCCUUUUAAUC